CAAAGUGAUCCGAAAGAAUUAACCUAAAUCCAAGUAACAUUUUGAGGUAAAUGACAAUUGAAUCUAAAGGAUCUACUGCAGGAUAAUUCUCUUGUUAGUUGUUAGUACUAUAUUACUAUUAACAUCUAAAUGUGCAAAUGUCGUGGUAGGAGCCGGGUCCGUUAAAUUCACUAUUAAGUACAAAGUCAGGUCACAAGUUGGUUAAGAAUCAAAGUUUAGUGACCAUUCACGCAAUUGACCCAUCUGCAUAUAGUUCCAAAAUAUUCAUCCGCCACCCUGCCACCGAAAGGGCAGGGGAAGAAGACGAGUAGGCAGUGGCACAACACGUAAAUAAACUGCUUUCAGAGGUCUGAUUCACGUACGUUUCUACUCCCGCUCACCAGAACCCGACUUUUGUUGGUUCCCUGUAAUUUCAAUUUGUUUGCCAGUGAGCGCUCCCUCACGCUUCUUAUCAACCCAAAACCCUAACCCUUAACUUCACCCACCAGACCCGAACCCGAAAAGGCGAGACAGAGAGGGAUAACCCUUUUCGCUGGAAGCAGCCCCUUUUGAGGAAAUUCAACGGUCAUCUUGGGAUUCCCCCAUCCCUCCUCCUUUUGACUUCCAUUGACCACCGCCACCUUGGCUGUUUGCCGGAGCAGCCACUGGCGGUUGCGGUUCGGUUGCCUUCUUCCUAUUGCUCUGCUGCUGAGGUUGUAAGUUCCCCCCUUUCUGCUACUUCCUUUUCCAGUUUGUGUUCUUCUGCUUUGGGUGUAAUUGAGCUUAAGCAUAUCGGUGAAUAUAAGGCUAUUUGGUGGAUGAGGAACUGGAAAGUUAAGGAAAGAAAAGAAAUGAACUUCUGAGUUUUGCCUGGUUUGUGGGUGCCUCGAAAUUUUUUGUGAUGAUUUGAGUUAGGAGCUGAUUCAUAUUUGGGUUUGGAUCGUGGAGCAGUUGGGACUCCAAACUGUCUUUCUCAGUUCGCUUGGAAUUGAGGUUUGGAAUCUUAGGAACAUUUUUGUAGGAGUAUCCGGCGAAUUAAGAGCUUUUUGUUUGCUGUGUUAGUCCUACCGUCUCUCUUAGUAAAGGGUUAUCUAUGUCUCUGGUUUUUAAUUCGUUUGUUUGGUUUUUGUUAUUGUUUUGGCAAAUUUGGCAUUCCAGCGGGGAAAUCUUGUAAGAAGUGCAAAACAGCUUCUUUCAUGAGUGGCUCAACGUGGUGAUUCACCAUAUCUUGCAGUCGUUGGACCUCUGGUGAUAUAUUAUUGCUCUUUGUUAACUAAGGAUGGGGAGCCAAGAGAUCUUAGAUAGUUCAGAAGUUAUGGAUGUUGGUGUUGGCAGAUGUAAUGGUGGGUUGUUGCAGCAUUUUAGUAAUAAGGUUGAGGAGAAUGACAACUUUGAUUUUGACAUACUCAACGAACUGGAUGUCUACUCGGAGGCCAUUAUUAAUGACCGCUUGACCGUUUCUCGGGUGGUCAAUGACUCGAUAAUCAUGGGCAUUGUAUCUGCAGUGCAACAGGAAGCUUCUGAUGAAAUUGCAAAGAGAGAUUUGGAGUUGGCUAGACUGAAAGAAACUUUCCCCCCUCGUCGAUUGAGGAUAGAUGACAGUGAAGGUUCUGGUGACUCAGCAAUGUUUGAGGAGCUGAAAACUGACCUUUAUCCCUCUACUUCAGAUGCAUCUGCAGAGUUUGAUUAUUCACAGGAGUGUUUGGAGAAGCUUACAUUAGAUGCUAAAGAGCAGUUUAAGAAGCUCAAGAUAGAAAUUGACAAAGUUAAAGGUUCAUGUUCUAUGAGAAGGAUAUCUUCAGCUUCCGAGUCAUUGGGAUUAAGUGGUAUCUUAUCUGAAAAGGUGCCUGAUAAGUGGGACAAUGUGGACAAGAGUCUUCAUGAUUUCAAAAUUGCAGUGAAUUCUAUCUGUAAACGGGCAAUAGAUACAGCUAACCAGUCAAAGUCGGUGCUUUUCCAGUGGCAACAGGAAAGAGACUUUCAGCAAGAAAUUGAAGGAAUGGUGAUGAAGAAUUGUGUUUGCGGUCUCCAAGAAGAGUUUGAACUCAGAUUGUGGAAUAAAAGUGCAGAGAGUUUUAGCUACAAUGCUGCAAACUUGCCUGAAGGAAAAAUUAAAGAGAUCUCUACUCUGCGUCAGGAAUUGGAUGCCAUUUCUAGAUUGUUGACAGUGCCAGAAAAUGGCCAACUUGUUUCUCAUGGAUCGUUGGAGCAUCGGAAGGUUUCAUGCAAUCAUAUUUCGUCAACAAAUUCACUUUGGGAGGCAAAUGGCAAGCAAGCAGAAUCAAUCAUUCUUACGCCUGAAAAUUUUGAUCAUUCACAAUUAAAGCACUUGUCAAGGGAUGAUUUAGCGAACUAUUAUAAGACUGAGAUGAUCAAAAUGAGGAGACAGCAUGAGUCAAAAGUGCAAGAGAUGACAGAAGAAUUAUUUAGUCUGAAAAGGGAGUAUUUGAGGGAAAGGUCAUCUUCCUCGCCUUUGAAGAAGGACAAGGAGUUUGAAGAACUGAGAAGAAGAAUUUCUGGCGUUACUUCGUUAUUGGAUGGAUUAAUUAUGGAAAAUGACAAACUACCUCCACAUGGCGAUGUUGGAGAGUCUCUUGAAUGUUUGAAGCAUAGGUUGGAAUCUCUUUCUCUGGAAAAUCGCCAACUGAGAGGCUCGCUAGCAGAUAAGAAAAAGGAAACCAAGUUCCUUUCAUCUCAAGUUAGUGCUGCGGCUAAAAGAUUAUCAGAAGCCUCAUUGAUGGAGGCAAAUUUGCGCAGGUUCAUUAACAAUCUUAGGUGGGCUGCAGAAGAUGCACGUUUUGAAGCUUCACUCAGUGACGACCUAUAUAAGUUCCUUAUCAAGGAGAUGAUUGGCCAGAAUGAAUCUUCUUUUGAACAACUAGAGUUGGAGAUUGAUAUUAGAAAGGGGAUCUAUGAUAUGAUUUGCAAUGAAGCAGCUGAAAACUAUCACUCAAUCUCCAAGUGUCAAGCUGAGGAUUCAGAUUUGGAGGCCAUUAUCGUGCAAGGAUUGAGUGAAAUAAUCUAUAGAGAAGCCUUUCAGGAAGCUGAGAUGGAGCUCUAUGAAUUAAACCAUAAAUAUGUCAAUGAAAGUGAAGUUCGAGCAGCCCUUGAAAUGAAAGCGUUGGAAAUCGAGGAACGUUUGAGGUUGAAUGUUGCCGAGAAAGAAAUCUUACAGAAACAGAUAGUUGCACUAGAAACAAGUAACGAGGAGAAGGAGAAGCUAUUGCAAGAGAUGGUAGAUGCACUUAAAACAGAGAGUCAGAGAUAUGCGGUAGUGUCGGAUGAAGUUGAAAAGUUGAAGGCGCAUGCUAGUGAGCAGCAAUUAUUACUUUCUCAAAGCAGGUCAGAAGCAGAAGUCAUCAGAGGUAAUCUUGGUGAAGCAUUUGAGAAAAUAAAAAUGUAUAAUAAAGAAUCUUGCGAGCUUAGACAGAGUCUCGAACUACUUGGAAAAGAGAAGCAACAUGCUUUAUCAGAGUUUGAGGCCAAAGAAAGGGAAUUGGCAAAUCAAAUGGGCUCAGCAGUUGUUCUCAUACAUGGUUUGUCCGCAACUGUUAGUGCCUUCCAGUGUAGAACAGAAGAGAUUAUUUCCAAGAAUAGGUUCAGGUUGGAAAAUAUGAGUUCCCAAAUAAGUGCUCUUAGGCGUAAGGCUAAGAGACUUGAGCAAAUGGGGUUUCUGUACAAGGAGGCACUGAAGAGGAAAAGUUCUGACCUAGGAAAGGCUGAAGCUGAGGUUGAUCUUUUGGGCGAUGAGGUGGACACUCUUCUAGGCCUUCUUGAAAAGAUCUACAUAGCAUUAGAUCAUUAUUCUCCUAUACUGAAACACUAUCCCGGAAUAAUAGAAAUCCUGAAGCUGGUUCGAAGAGAACUGAGUGGGGAACACACGAAACACUCGUGAUGCGGCCUGUUCGGAGUUGAAGAACGGUACCUGGACCAAGCCUUUCGUUCGGAAACCAUGGGUGUACUGCAGGGGUUUUGCGAGAGUUGAUGAUGGAUCUCUCCUAGUUUCUGAAACCAAAAGUUGGGUUGGUUGGUUGUCUGUUGGUGCUGUUAUGAGUGGCUGCGGCUAGGUUUUUGGUUGUGUAUAUUUUGGUAGCUCACAGCGAAAGGGAUAUAUGUAGUUAUUAAGUUAGUUCAUGACAGACGGUUUCUGUUGGAUUAGUUCUUUGCACACUUCCAAAUUGUAGGUGUUAGCCUCAGCCUGUACAGCUUUUCCUUCUCAAAUCCAGAAGAGAAUUUCACACCUGCCGGUGCAUUGUUUACACUUUGACGGUCUUACGCAACUCGAACUGAAUCAAACCAAUGAAUUAUGUUCUCUGAA